AUGAGCGCAAGUGGAAGGGAGUGCCAGGGCACUGCCAAUGUUGCUGGGGUCAUCAGCCCGCCUUGUCCUCACAUGAAACGUGAUGGUGGUUGCAACCGUUACCAUCCCCACUCUCCUUUUAUGGCCUUCACCAUCCCUCCCUCACCUUCUGUAAUUGAUGAAGGUGGGGGACCAGUGCCCUUUGAUGCACAUAAACUGCCCAGUGGUAAGUGCCAGCACAAAGAUGAUACAUUUCUGCACAUAAGUGUGGAUGACUGGGCCACAUACAGCCCAGAGGAUCCUGAUGAGCUUUGUUUAUACAAUGAUGACAGAAACCUGCUUCGAAUUAGAGAGAAGGAAAGACGCAACCAGGAAGCUCACCAAGAGAAAGAGGAGUUUCCUGAAAAGAUCCCCCUUUUUGGAGAGCCUUACAAGAAAGCAAAAGGUGAUGAGCUCUCCAGCCGGUUACAGAACAUGUUGGGAAAUUAUGAGGAAGUAAAGGAGUUCCUGAGCCCGAAGUCCCAUACACACCACAUGGACGUUUCUGAAGACAGACUGGGGAAACCCAAGUAUCCUGCGCUUCCUGACAAGGGAGUCAGCCUUCCACCCAACACCUUCCACACUAGUGGCCACCCUUCGUCCAUCCACACUCCCACGUCCGGACCACUUCCUGUGGGCAGCAUUAGCCACAAUUCAAAGAUGGCGCAGCCAAGAAUGGAACCGAUGCCAAGUCUCUAUGCCAAAAGCUUCGGCCCACCGGACAGCCAGCACCUGACCCAAGAACCCCUUGGUCAGGAGAGCUAUAGCUCUGGCCAUCACAAAAAAGGUGACCAAAGAGCAGGCGGAGACCCUUGUGCUUCAGUGACAGGCUUGGUUCCAGAGAGGGCGCUAUCUCCCUUAAUCUCCUCCUUGCCUUCUCCGGUGCCCCCUCUGUCCCCUCUACAUUCCAGCCAGCAAACCCUUCCUAGAAUGCAGGGAAGCAGCAAGAUGCAUAGCAGCAACAGUAACAACAAGGGCUACUGUCCAACCAAGUCUCCCAAGGACCUCCCGGUAAAGAUCCGUGAUAAGGACACGUCGCAAGACAGUCUGGUGGCCCCCCCCCAGCCACCUUCUCAGACGUUUCCACCUCCCUCCCUCCCCUCCAAAAGUGUGGCCAUGCAGCAGAAGCCUACUGCUUAUGUCCGGCCCAUGGAUGGUCAAGACCAGGCUCCCAGUGAGUCUCCCGAACUGAAGCCGCUGCCAGAGGACUACCAACAGCAGAACUUUGAGAAAACCGACCUGAAAGUGCCUGCCAGAGCCAAGCUCACCAAACUGAAGAUGCCUUCCCAGUCCGUGGAGCAGACCUACUCCAAUGAAGUCCAUUGUGUGGAAGAGAUUCUGAAGGAAAUGACCCAUUCAUGGCCUCCUCCUUUGACAGCAAUACACACGCCUAGUACAGCUGAGCCAUCCAAAUUUCCUUUCCCCUCGAAGGAUUCUCAGCACAUCAGUUCUGCAACCCACAACCAAAAACAAUAUGGUACAUCCUCAAAAACACACCCUCACACUGAGCAAGGAACAUCUAGCAUGCUUCAAGAUGACCUUCAGCUCAGUGACAGUGAGGACAGUGACAGUGAACAAACCCCAGAGAAGCCUCCUCCCUCAUCUGCACCGGCAAGCGCUCCGCAGUCCCUUCCAGAACCAGCGGCAUCAGCACAUUCCAGCAGUGCAGAGUCCGAGAGCACCAGUGACUCAGACAGCUCCUCAGACUCGGAGAGUGAGAGCAGUUCAAGUGACAGCGAGGAGAAUGAGCCCCUAGAAACCCCUGCUCCAGAGCCUGAGCCUCCAACGACAAACAAAUGGCAGCUGGACAACUGGCUGACCAAGGUCAGUCAGCCCGCCGUGCCCCCGGAAGGCACCGGGGGCGUGGAGUCCCCUCAUCGGAAUCAGGAGAGUAAGGGCGACAGCAGCACCCCGAGUCAGGAGCGUUCCGAAUCCAAAGAUCCUCCUCCCCCCAAAAACUCCAGCAAAGCCCCCCGCGUCCCUUCUGAAGGUCCCCACCCUGGAAAGAGAAGCUGCCAGAAAUCUCCCGCGCACCAGGAGCCCCCACAGAGGCAAACUGUGGGAACCAAGCAACCCAAGAGACCUGUCAAGGCCCCUGCCCUGGCAGAUGCGCGAGCCAGCCAGCAGGGAGACAGCGAGCCAGGACCCCCCCACGGCUCCAAAGACCAGACUUCCAAAGACAGGCCCAAGGUGAAGACGAAAGGACGACCUCGAGCUGGGGGCAGCAGGGAGCCCAAGCCUGCGGCACCAGCCUCCAGCGAAAAGAAGAAGCACAGGAUCCCUCUCUCGGGUCCCCCCAAGGCGGUCUCAGGCCCAGACCCCGCGAAGGACAAUGCGGGUGACAGAAGCCCUGAGCAUGUGGCUGUUGUUCCCCUGACUCAGAGCCAGGGCCCACCCCACAGUGGCAGCGGUGGUAGGACUAGUGGCUGCCGCCAGGCCGUAGUGGUCCAGGAGGAUGGCCGCAGAGACAGACUCCUGCUGCCGUUGAGAGACACCAAGGUGCUCUCUCCGCCCAGGGACACUCGUCCACCUCAGAGUCUGGUAGUGAAGAUAACCCUCGACCUCCUCUCACGGAUACCCCAGGCUUCAGGGAAGGGAGGCCAUCCGAAGAAGCCAGAAGAGAAGCUGCCGGCCAUGGGGAAGGAGCGCCACUCUGAGAAAAGGAGCCCGGACAACUCCAGCAAGGUGGCCAGAAAGAGGAAGGGUGAAGCAGAAAGAGACUGUGAUAAUAAGAAAAUCAGACUGGAGAAAGAAAGCAAGUCACAGUCAUCUUCAUCUUCAUCCUCCCACAAAGAAUCUUCUAAAACAAAGUGA